GUUUUAAAUUUAAAUUUUAAAGAUAGUCGACUAGAAGAGGGAGCGAUCGUUAACGUCAGGAAAUCCAAACAUCGACCUCAAAUAUGGCUUAUCACUACAAACAUAGUGUCCAAACACACAGAAAAUCUCCUGGUGAAGCAACUGAGAUCCACGUGACACACUAUUAUAAAGAUGGAGUUUAUUAAAGAGGAGAGUGAAGACGUGACGAUUGAAGAAACAUUCAGAGUCAAACACGAAGAUACUGAGGAACAAACAAAGAUGACGUUUAUUAAAGAGGAGAAUGAAGACAUGAAGAUUGAAGAAACAUUCAGAGUCAAACAUGAAGAUACUGAGGAACAAACAGACCUGAUGGUGCUGAAAGAGGAGAGUCAAGAACUAAAUGAAAUGGAAGACAAAGAUCAGUAUGAGAAAUGUCAUGAUUUCAUGAAUGGGGAAAAAUCUUGUAGUUACUCACAGACUCAUAAGACAGAAACUAGAAACCUCCAGUUGAGAGUUCACACUGGAAAGAGACCUCUGACCUGCCAACAGUGUGGAAAGAAUUUCAGUCGAAAAGACAGCCUUAAAGUCCACAUGAAAAUCCACACUGGAGAGAAGCCUUUCACCUGCAAACUGUGUGGGAAGAGUUUCUCACUAAAAGGAAAUCUUAAGACUCACAUGAGAAUUCACACUGGAGAGAAGCCGUUCAUAUGCACUCAGUGUGGAAAGAGUUUUAGACAGAAAAGAGACCUUACCAUCCACUUGAGAGUUCACACUGGACAGAGCCCUUUCUGGACACAAGGCCAUCUGCAAACACAAGGCCUUGAAGACCACUAUAAAAUAAAUGCUGAAGAGAAAUCGGUCAUAUGCCUUCAGUGUGGAAAGAUAUUUACACAGAAAAGAAACCUUAAAGCCCAUUUGAGACUUCACACUGGAGAGAAGCCUCACACCUGCAAACUGUGUGGAAAGAGCUUCUCACUUAAUGGAAGUCUUAAAGUUCACAUGAGAGUUCACACCGGUGAGAGGCCAUUCAUAUGCUCUCAGUGUGGAAAUAGUUUUAAACAGAAAAGAGACCUUAAUGCCCACAUGACAAUUCACACUGGAGAGAAGCCUUACACCUGCAAACUUUGUGGGAAGAGCUUCUCAGUAAAAGAAACUUUUAAGACUCACAUGACAAUUCACACGGGAGAGAAGCCGUUUGUUUGUGAUCAGUGUGGAAAGAGUUUCAGAUGUAAAGAAUACCUUAAUCAUCACAUGAAGAUUCAUUCUGGAGAGAAAUGUUUUAUGUGUCAUCAGUGCGAAAGGAGUUUCUCAGAUAGGAAUCACCUUGAGAAUCAUGUAAAAAUUCAUAUCGGAGAGAAGCCUUUCAUGUGUCAUCACUGUGGAAAGAGUUUCACAAACAGAGCAAACCUUGAAGAUCACAUGAGAGUUCACACUGGAGAAGCGCGUUUCACCUGCCCUCAGUGUGGAAAGAGCUUCAGGCUUAAAGGAGACCUUAAUAUUCACAUGAGAGUUCACACUGGAGAGAAGCCUUACAAGUGUCAUCAGUGCGAAAAGAGUUUCACAGACAGGAAUCAACUUGAGAAUCAUGUAAAAAUUCACAUUGGAGAGAAGCCUUUCUUGUGCCAACACUGUGGAAAAGGUUUCACAUACAGAGCAAACCUUGAGUAUCACAUGAGAAUUCACACUGGAGAGAAGCCUUUCACCUGCCCUCAGUGUGGAAGGAGCUUCACGGUUAAAGGAAACCUUAAGCUGCAUAUGAGAGUUCACACUGGAGAGAAGCCUUACAAGUGUCUUCAGUGUGAAAAGAGUUUUACAAUUAAAGGAAACCUUAAUAUUCACAUGAGAGUUCACACUGGAGAGAAGCCUUACAAGUGUCCUCAGUGUGAAGAGUGUUUCACAUAUCACAUAAGCCUGAAACAACAUUUGAAAAGUCAUUCUAGAAAGAAAUAUGAGAAUGGAUCAGAGAUGUCGCCUCAACCCAGAGACCUGAUGACGCUGAAAGAGGAGAGUCAAGAACUGAAUGAAAUGGAAGACAAAUAUCAGUAUGAGAAAUGUCAUGAUUUCAUGACUGGAGAAAAAUCUGUCAGUUACUCACAGACUCAUAAAACAGAAACUACAAACCUCCAGAUGAGAGUUCACACUGGAGAGAAGCCUCACACCUGCCAACAGUGUGGAAAGAAGUUUGGUCGAAAAGACAGCCUUAAAGUUCACUUGAAAAUCCACAGCGGAGAGAAGCCUUUCACCUGUAAUCUGUGUGGGAAGAGUUUCUCACUAAAAGGAAAUCUUAAGACUCACAUGAUAGUUCACACUAGAGAGAGGCCGUUCAUAUGCACUCAUUGUGGAAAGAGUUUUACACAAAAAAAAUCCCUUACAAUCCACUUGAGAGUUCACACUGGAGAGAGCCCUUUCACCUGCAAACAGUGUGGGAAGAGUUUCAAUGAAAAACGAGGCCUUGAAGACCACUUGAAAAUACAUGUUGAAGAGAAGUCGGUUGUAUGCCUUCAGUGUGGAAAGAUAUUUACACAGAAAAAAAACCUUAAAGCCCAUUUGAGACUUCACACUGGAGAGAAGCCUCACACCUGCAAACUGUGUGGAAAGAGCUUCUCACUAAAUGGAAGUCUUAAAGUUCACAUGAGAGUUCACACCGGUGAGAGGCCAUUCAUAUGCUCUCAGUGUGGAAAUAGUUUUAAACAGAAAAGAGACCUUAAUGCCCACAUGACAAUUCACACUGGAGAGAAGCCUUACACCUGCAAACUUUGUGGGAAGAGCUUCUCAGUAAAAGAAACUUUUAAGACUCACAUGACAAUUCACACGGGAGAGAAGCCGUUUGUUUGUGAUCAGUGUGGAAAGAGUUUCAGAUGUAAAGAAUACCUUAAUCAUCACAUUAAGAUUCAUUCUGGAGAGAAAUGUUUUAUGUGUCAUCAGUGCGAAAGGAGUUUCUCAGAUAGGAAUCACCUUGAGAAUCAUGUAAAAAUUCAUAUCGGAGAGAAGCCUUUCAUGUGUCAUCACUGUGGAAAGAGUUUCACAAACAGAGCAAACCUUGAAGAUCACAUGAGAGUUCACACUGGAGAAACCCGUUUCACCUGCCCUCAGUGUGGAAAGAGCUUCACGCUUAAAGGAGACCUUAAUAUUCACAUGAGAGUUCACACUGGAGAGAAGCCUUACAAGUGUCAUCAGUGCGAAAAGAGUUUCACAGACAGGAAUCAACUUGAGAAUCAUGUAAAAAUUCACAUUGGAGAGAAGCCUUUCUUGUGCCAACACUGUGGAAAAGGUUUCACAUACAGAGCAAACCUUGAGUAUCACAUGAGAAUUCACACUGGAGAGAAGCCUUUCACCUGCCCUCAGUGUGGAAGGAGCUUCACGGUUAAAGGAAACCUUAAUCUGCAUAUGAGAGUUCACACUGGAGAGAAGCCUUACAAGUGUCUUCAGUGUGAAAAGAGUUUUACAAUUAAAGGAAACCUUAAUAUUCACAUGAGAGUUCACACUGGAGAGAAGCCUUACAAGUGUCCUCAGUGUGAAGAGUGUUUCACAUAUCACAUAAGCCUGAAACAACAUUUGAAAUCUCAUUCUGAGAAGAAAUAGCCAUUUUCCUCAGUGUGACAAGAGGUUUAGAAAAAGGAGCAAGUCCAGCAAUCAUCUUCGCAUUCACUCUAGAGAAAUACAAUUCAAUUGUGAUCAAUGCAAUAAAAACAGAACACUUACAACUAUACAUGAAACGUCAUGUAAAUGUGAGACCCUGUUUCUGUUCUUUGUUAAAGAGUGUAUUAAUAGAAAAUGUGUAUCUGUGAAAUCAAGGCUACUUUCUCACCGCAGCUGAAUGUGGGCUUCAUCUGAUUGUCCACCUUCAUGACCACUUCUUUUACUGUUAUCUUUUAGUCAUAUCCUUUACCUUGAGGCUUUUUUCUGGUGAAUAUUUACUCCAGUGGCCACACCUGACCAUCUUCCUUGCUAUAGUUUCAAACAUUAAAGGUGCAGUAAGCGAUUUUUUUUUAGAAGUGCUGUUAAAAGCACCACAACAAACAUGUUCCCAAUUGGCUUGAGUGGAGUAGAGAGGGUGAACAAGAGGAGAUUUAAAGAACAACUAUUAAGAGAGAGGAGAGACAAUACAAAAAGAGAAAAGCUCAGAGGAAUAUCACUGAAAAAUGAAGGGUUAUGAUCAGGCAAGAACUUUAAGACCCUUGUUAAUAUUAGAAAAGCUUUCCGGUGCUGGACACAGAGUUUGUAGAGGUGUUUCUCUAUGUCAUGUUGGUCCGCUUUUUUUGUAAUGUGUUUGUGGGGUGUUUUGAAUGUACUGUAAAAGAGGGACAUUUCCAGAGAUGGCUCCAAUCAGGGACAAAACGCCCAAAAAACUGGACUGUCCCCAUAAAAGGAGUACUUUCCACAUCAAACCAGACUGAGAGGAUGUUCGUAUUGUUUGUGUCAACACAUACAGUGGAAAGACAAAGUUUGUAAACCCUUUUGAAUUGGUAUAAUGGCAUGUGUACAAUAAAGGUGUUACAUUCACAAUACUAUAGAAAAUUUACUACCUUGUGGUUACCUGGAUGACCCACAACUGAUAUCUGAGAUUCUUGUUCAUGAGUCCCUUCUUUGACUUGUGUUUUCAAGCACUCAAUUUACUUGUGCAUUCGUUGUUGUACAUGCAUCGGACGUCCAUGAACUCUCCUGAUGAUGAAAUUACGUAAUGCGGAUGGUGCACAGACAUGGCCAGCUGAAGUGUACUUUAGUCAAAUCACAGAGAUAAGACAGUUUACACUGCAAAAGGAUUGUAUAAUUCCAGUCAGGGGAAGUUGGCCACAUGCAAAAACAAUGGCCAUAAGAAACAGACCAUACAAAAGACACUUUUCUUCAUUCAAAGUGGAAGAAAUUUAUUGCAUCUUCGGUACCAUUGAACAGAACUAUCAAGACUUUCUUCUGAGACUGCAUCUCUGGACGCUCGUUGAAUGUUAAAGCAUUGCAAGUAUUGUACAUUUAACUAAGUGAAGUUAAUAAACGUAAUUUCGGGAGGAGUACGCCCAUCUAAUCUUCCAAUUAAUACCAAGGCAUAAAACCAGCACCAUACCUCUUCCUCUUGUUAGUUCUUUCGGCAUCCCUUCGCUUCUCCUCCUUUUUGUACAACUUUGCCUGAUACAGGGGGGCAGUCGGAGCUCGAGUAGAAUAUCCUCUCUGAGCCCCUCUAUAGCAGACAGCAAGCCAAAUCUAUUUACCACUUACGCUAAGAUUAUAUGGGCACAUGAACUUGUGAACUAAUCAAAGGUUUAUGUAAGCUGCAUACCCCUUUUAACAAGGUGAAUUACAAAACUGAUGGUUCUUUCAGAUGGUUAACUUGACUCUUUCCAUAGCGUCAUUCAGUUUUACUUUCCAUUUUACCCACAUGUGUAUGUGUGAUUUGUGUGUAUGUGUUUGUUUAGACUAGUUAUGUGUUUGUAAUUUAGUUAAUAAAACUUAUGCACAAUA